UCUAUAAAUAUAAAUCCAACCCGCCCAUGCUUUCUCAUAACUUACAUUUCUCCAUUUCCAUCAUAAUUAUAUCUGUGCAAUUCACACCUCCAUUUUACGAUCUUGAUUCUUUACGUAUUUUCCAUCAUCAUGAGCCAAUAUCGCAACCAAGAAAUUAGCAUGGGUUAUCCGGCACCACCACCGUCGUAUGCGGCGGGGGAGCAAGCGAAAGAGGGGAAGUCGGGGCCUUAUGUUGCAGCCCCGCCUCCGGUUGGAUAUCCGGUGAGGGACGGGCCACAGUACCCUCACCAAACUAAUUUUGACGCUCAAACUCAAUCUAGAGGAGAUGGGUUCUGGAAAGGAUGCUGUGCUGCAUUGUGUUGCUGCUGGGUAUUGGAUUGUAUCUUUUGAUCAGGAUGCUGACUUAGCUACCAUUUGUGGGUUGUUGGUUUUGGUUGAGAUGACACCCAGUUUUUUCAGUCUUCAUUAGUUUAGUUUUGCUCUAUUUGUUAUUCUUUUAUUAUGUAUUAUAUAUAAUGUUGUUUAUGUAUCGCCCCCUCUUGUCUUUUUGGGGCUUUGUAUUUUCAUCUUUAUUCCAUACUCAUUUUUUGUAUCAAUAAAUAAUAUGCAUAUUUUCUUGUGCAAUAGUAAUACUAUUCUCUUUUCAACCA